AUGUAGUUUCAUUUUUAAAUAUCUGAAAUUACUGUUUUCAGAUUUUACCGUUGAGACGUUGAGUUGCAAUCAGCCAAUCAGAUUACAGUAUUCAUCACGCGUCACCUGUCGUCACCUGCAGAGUGAAGCGCUAGCUAACCGGUAACAGCUGUGGCCAUGUCUCUCUGUGACGACACACUCCUAUGCAACUUCCCAAAGUGUCGGACCAAGCUGAGCGGCUUCGCCUGGGUCACGGCUUGCUCACACGUUUUCUGUGAUCAGCAUGGGUCAGGUGAGUUCAGCCGCUCUCCCGCAAUCUGCCCGGCCUGCUCCUCUGCACUGUCUGGGAAGCUGGACAUCGUGAGGACGGAGCUGUCGCCCUCUGAGGAAUACAAAGCCAUGGUGCUGGCAGGUCUGCGACCAGAUGUAGUUCUGGACAUCAGCGCCCGCGCUUUGGCCUUUUGGAGUUAUCAGGUCCAUCAGGAGCGUAUGUUUCAAGAGUACAGUCUGUCACGGGCCGAGACACAGCUGAAGCAGAUGGAGAAGGUGCUGACCCAGCAGAACCAGAGCAGAGAAGUGGAGCUCAGCGGCAUGAGGGGGGAAAUUGCCUCCCUGAAGAAAGUGAUGGAGGAGUAUAAAAGAAAGUACACUGAGGUGUCUGAGAGGCUGAUGGAGAGGAACAGGCAGUACCAGAAACUACAGGGGCUGUAUGACUCUCUGAGGCUGCGCAACAUGGUGGUGGAUGUCGGGGAAAGAGACACGCAGACACAGCCGGGACAUCAAGGCUACAACACCGGGGCGGCUCAGCAGGCGACUCCCCAGAGGAGCCCUCAGUUCCUCUCCCUGGGCCCUGACGGGGACAGCAGGUUCUUCUCCUGCCUGGAGCCUGACGGAGCCAAGACCUUCUUCCAGUUCAGCUCCCCUGCCAGGGAGAGAGGCCGGCCCUUCAUCAAGAAGCACUGAGACGGCAACAGGUUUCAUAGCGACUGUAGCACUACGUUUAUUUCUAUAUAUGUUAACAGUGUUCUGAUUUUUCAGUAUUUAUAUAGUUGGUGGUGUUCGCCCUGAGUGUAUUAAUAUAAUAUUAGCUCUUUUUGUCCAAUAGUAACAAAUAUUGGAGUCAAACUAGGAGCGAAAUCCAGUUGUUAUAUUUUAGUGUUGAUUUCUCGAAGUAUUUGAAAAGACAAUGUAAAUACAGUAUAAACUCUGUUUCCAAAGAGCAUUGCUUCACAGUCUUCUGUUCAUGUAGAUUGUGUCAGAUUUAAAUUAAUUUAUAGUAAAAGCAUCUCGUCAAAGACAAACAGGUUUAAGGAAUUAAAGCUACAGUUGAUAACCUAAGAAAAUAACUGUCAUAUUUGCUGAAACUGUCACUGUUUCCUGAAAGAAGAAUGAGACAGAUAGUCUGUGAAAAACACACGUCCCUCCUUUUUCUACUGCCUCUGAUGGCGU